CAUGAGCAAAUAGAUAGUCAGCACUGAGUGCAGGAAUUAAAGGCCCGUUAAUGGUUCCUCUAGACCCUGCACGUUGUCCCAGUGUUUCAAAAUUGCAGAACUCAAGGCUUUCAGAGCAAAAAUCCAAAGAGGAAGUAGUGACAUCUUCAAACUUAAACUUGCUUGGUGGUUCUGUAGGCUGCCGCCGAAGUGAUUUUGCUCUAGUGUUGUGCUCAACCACACCCACAAUCACUUAUUUCCCAAGCAUAGCCACACCCCCAAGACUGCUUUCUUGCUGAUAGAGUUUUCGGCUGUUUCUUAUCCCAAUUGUAUCCUUGCCAGCUUGCUUACCUCCUGAAACUUAAUCGUGUGUUGAAACAUGAGAGACACAUAGUUGAUUGUACAACCGGUUUUGGUAUUUGAAAUGAUCCAGAGAUCAGUGGAGUGAAGAAUAUCAGUGGUGGACAGAUCACGAGGUAGGAGGCCAUGUCGCCUCAUGAUCCAAAAUAUGCUAAGUCUGAGAAGGUCAUGCCGCCUCACGAGAAGGGUCAUGUGCAUGAUUAAGAGGUCCAUGGCCGCGUCACAAGAGUGGCCAUGGACACGAAUGAGAAGGGCGUGGUGGUGGAGCACUAUAUCAAUAAUGACUAAGUCCCAAGUGGGCCAUGGACAUGGGUAAGAAGUCCAUGGCCAUGAGACAGAAGAACCAUGGCCCCCUUUGCGAGACACUACAUGCUCGUCAAAAGACUAGCAUGGCACGAGAUUCAGAACAAGACCAGGCGAGGCAAGCUACACUCCAAACCCACGACGGUUCCAAGAGAGGCACCUAGGAGGUUGAAGGAAUAACCACCACUCCGAGGAAGCAGGAGCGGUUCUUUUUGGGAGUUAUCCAAGAGGCGGUUUUCUACGGAAGAAGGAGGAGCGAUUCUUUGUAGCAGUUAUCCAACAAGCGGUUUUCUAUGGCGGUUACCUCCUCGGGGCUAUAAAUAAGAGGAGGGGUCGACAGAGGCAGGGGUUCCAAAACCAACACUCUGCCACACAUGUCAAGUUUAUCCUUUACCCUUUCUCUAUCAUGUAGCCAUAGAUGUAGUUCGUAGUUUGGAGCUCUCAUUGAACCUCCAUAGGAGUAGAAGUCAUUUAAUUUAGAUCUUGUUCCCAAAAACCAUCAAUCUAACACCCUUGUUCGAACUUUGUUUGAAGAGGUGUGAGCCGUGUCUUAGAAAUCGUUGUCCAUAGAAGUCAAAGGUGCAAUCCAUCUCAAUUCAACAAGAGUUUUCUCGCCGGAAAACAGAUUCUUAUCAAUCGAACCAUGUGUUUUAGGCACAACAUUUUGGUGAAGGCUUCUAACUUCAGCGAAUAAAUACCUAGAAUAGAGAAUGGAAUGAUGAAGUACUCGACACAUAAUAGAUUCAACUAACAGGCACUCGUACACAGAAUUGAAAAAAAUAAAGAUUUAGUUUGAUUGGGAAUUCCAAUGGUACGUUUCCUUUUCCAUGUAUCUUCUUAAACAUAUACAACCAUAUAAAAGGGACGAGAUACUUACGAGAGGAGAGCACGUCCAGCUUGGGUCAAUGUUGUUUGGGACGGAUUUCUUGCCCUCUGAAAAAGAGGGGGUAAGUAUCAUCUCCGCUUAAGUAUCCAGCUAAAGUCAAUGGCAAUUGCUGCAUACAAAAAUGAAGCAAAGACAUAAGUUAGUGAGACAGAAAAUGAAGAAGAAGAAAACAUUAACCACACUUGAAUAAUUUUUCUAGAAGAGAACAUAUAGAACCGCAGUAUUGUAGCUAAUCAAGGCUAAUAACUAUGAAAAUUAUGGAAGGAAGAAAGAAAAAGGUAUUCCAAAGAGAAAAUCCCAACCGAGUAACAAUUAUUGAAUUAUACAAAAAUCAACGCACUUGUAGAAGCAUUCUAGACUGAUUUUCAUGGACGAUUAUAAACCAAGAUUAAGGGCAACUGGCUUUUUCAUUGCUGAUUAGGCACCACAAUUACAGGCUGGUUAGGAACCUGGUCGAGGACGACAGUUCCGUUGACGAUGAAGAUCUUGUUGCCAACUCGGAACUCCCCCUCUUCUCCUUCUACUUCUUUCUAGUCCGGGAUUGGUAUUGGACCAAGAUACAUCUCCGACCAGAUACAGUCAAUGCAACAAGAGUCAACACGUCGUAGCUACAGCAGCAGUAGCCAAAGCCACGGCCAGCCAGAGAAUGUCACGUUCACAGCCACAACUCAUCAUUCUCGGCUGCGACUUAACAUACAGAGAGGUUUGCACGAAUCAUUGUCUCGCCACUCCGAAGUCACGGUCGCCCAUCCCAUGUCACAGCCGCAGCUGUGACUCUCGUCAGUCCCAGUUUCCAUAUUUGUAUGGAGUCUCGUUUGGUAAUUACCAAGGGUUAGUAUUGUAGAAGAAUGGCCAAUAGUAUUUGAGUCUCGUUUGGUAAUAAUUUCUCCUAACUAAGGUGCUGGAAAAAGAAAGGAUCACGAAAUAGAAAGGAAGAAUGACCAAUGGUAUUGGUUGGACAAUGGUUCAAAGUUAAAGGGUGAGAUGGGAGAGUGGAAACCUGGAUUAGAUUAAAAGGGCUUAAGAGCUUUUAAAUAUUAUUAUUAUAUAAAUAGCGCCUAAUUGGUAUAAAGGGUUCAAUGGGAAAUGAAUAGGUCUACAAUAAGUACCAUGCAGCCACGCGGAUCACCGUCCAUAUAUUAUUAGACUUAAUCUCCGCCGUCAUUCAAGGCCUUGCUCCUUCUGCACGGGUCUCUCCACCGUCAUCCAUGAUUCAAUUCCACCUUUCUUUGUCACUUCCUGUAAAUCUCCAUUGGAAUUCCCCUUCCCAUCAUUUUCCCCACUUCCAAUUGUCAAAAGAGGGAAACCCGUACAAAGUUUCUGAUUCUGGGUUGUUUUUGCUUUUGAUUUCUAGAACAAACCCAAUUUGUGAUUGCGAUUGAAAGAAGAAAGGGGAGAAUCAAGGAAGGAACGGAAAUGGUGGGAAGCAUUGAAACGAUGGAGAGCCCUGAUAAUGGGUACUCCACUGAGCAAAGCCAACGGCGACUCGCUCAGAAUCGUCGGCGUCGAUGCCACGGGAGCGUGUUCGCCGCCCUUUUACAAGACAGCUAUCGUCAGUUUCGCAACAAGAUCCAGAUCCGGAUAUGGCGUCGGGCGGUUGACUGGUCCACGGCGGAGCAUCUCUUCGAGGUGAUCAAUUCCUGGGAAGAUGUCCUCCGGCGGCUGAUCCGGCGUUGCGCCUACCUCAAGUACGUCGAGGCCCCCCGGACUCUGUAUGCCGACGAGAUCUUGAUAAAUGUGUUCUGCCUGGUUGUGCCCGAUGAAAGUGGUGACGAAGGCGGUUUGGGAUGCCGACCUUGUGGUGAACGGAGUCCCGUCGACGGAUGCUAGGAAGGUUUUCGAAGGGAUUAGUCUGUAUUGGAAGGAGAGGAUUCAUAUGUCGAUUAUCAUCUUGCUGGCGGAAGGGAUUGAGGCGGCACUGUCCUCCCGAGUCGCCCAUCAAUAUCAUCUUCAAUAUUGACCAAACGAUCCAUUGAUUUAGAUUAGGGUUUUGAUUUGGGGUUUGGGGAUUUUGGAUAAUAGGAGGGGAUUUUUUAAUUUUUAAUGUUAACUGAAUUAAAAUAUAAAUUAAUA